AUGGCUGUGGAAUACGCGAGCGAAAGGCAAGACCCCAUGCCCCUACCCGACGCGGCGGAUCUUACGACAACUUGGGCGUAUCUCGAGGAAGGCAUCGACCAGACCAUGUCCGGCGGCGAUAUCCCUUCGUACUACACGUUCAUGAGCCUCACCACCGCCGUCUACAACUACUGCACUUUCUUCCCCCCUCCAGGCACAAGCAGCGAGCCGGACGGCCUCGAAGCACGAAGGUCCGCUCUGUACGACAGCCUCGUGCGCUACUUUGACAAUCAUCUCAAGCCGCUCCAGAUGACAUCGGACUCGCUGCACGACGAGGCUCUCCUCCAGUAUUACGCGGCUGAGUGGGAGAGAUACGCUACAGGCGCAUACUCUGUCAACCGUCUCUUCAUACAUUUCGACAAGAUCUGGAUCCAGCCGGAACGAGGCAAUGGCCGCAAGGACGUAUAUCCCAUAUACGAGCUUGCGCUUGUACAAUGGAAGUCCGAGCUCUUCCUCCAUCUGCAGAGCAAGAACCAGAUGCUGUCCGGCGCCAUCUUGCAGCUCGUCGAGCGGGAACGGAACGGGGAGACGAUCGACGGGGACCUGGUCAAGAAAGUGGUCGACUCCUUCCUCUUCCUCGGUCUCGACCGCGGCGGCAUCAAACAUCUCUCAUAUGAUGUCUACCAUGAGCACCUCGAGGUGCCGUUCCUCGAAGCGACGGAGACGUACUAUCGCGAGAUAUCAGAGAAGUUCCUCGCAGAGCACGGCGCGGCCGAGUACUGCAAGAAGGCCGAGGAGUGGCUGCGCGAAGAGCAGGACCGCGUCGAGCGGUACAUGGACAUAAGCACCCGCGACGCACUCGUCCAGAAAUGCGAGCAGGUCCUCUUCCGCGAGCACGCGGAAAUCAUUGGCGAGGACAUUCCUGGUGCUGCGGCAGCCGACUCGGAGGCCGACCACGAGCCUCAAUGA